AUGUCUAGUCUCCCUAACCAUCUGGGUGGUAUUCCUCCUGUGGGUGGGGGCACAGUACCCCACCUUAGACUCAAGCUAAACAAGCGUGAGAUUGUUGGACUCAUGGGUGUCACAGGAGGCUCUGCGAAACUUGGAAAACAUCCGCUGCAUCUGGAGCGGAUAAUACACCAAUGUGCCCAGAUUGGCGGUGCUAAUUUGAAGCAUAUCUCUGAGGGACAAGUAGAGAAAUGCGUGAACAAUAUCUCUAAUUAG